AUGUGCACCGUCUGUGUGACCGCCUCUGGAGCUCCGGUCUGCGGCGUGUGGAGAGACCCGACCCGGGAAGGACGACCAGAGCCCGGGCCGAGGAGCCCCGUGAGGCCGGGAGAGGAGCCACAGGCCGCCGCUGCAGACCCGGGGAUGGAGGCUUUUCUCCGGAGCCGCGGGGCAGAGCUGUCUGGUCCUGGUUCCGGUCUGGGUCCGGUCCAUGUGGUCCUGGGGAAUGAAGCCUGUGACAUGGACUCUAUGGUCUGUGCUCUGGUCUAUGGAUACCUCCUGCACAUGAGUGGCGGUGGGCGUGGUGUGGUUAUUCCCCUCCUGAAUAUUCCGGCCCAGGACUUUGUUCUGAGGUCGGACUCUGUGGCUCUGUUGAGGAAGUCCGGUCUGAGUCCGGAACUGCUGCUGUUCCGGGAUCAAGUGGAUCUGAGGCGGAUCCGGAGAGAGAGAGGCCUGUGGCUAACGCUAGUGGACCACAACGUGUUAGCAGAUUCUGACAGUUACCUGGAGGGGGCAGUAGUCGAGGUCAUCGAUCACCACAAACUGGAGCGGGUUGUUACCGCAGAGACGGCCGCUUCCUGUCUCAUCACCGUGGAGACUGUAGGUUCCUGUGCAACGCUGGUGACAGAGAAACUUCUGCAGAGGGCGCCAGAGCUGCUGGACCUCAAUGUGGCCACUCUGCUCUACGGCACCAUCCUGGUGGACUGUGUGGACCUGGCUCCUGAGGCGGGGAAAGUGACUCCUAAAGACUCAGAAGUGGUCCAUGAACUGGAGACUAAAGUCCAAAGUCUGCCUCAAAGAUCUGAGCUGUUCACGGAACUGCAGGACCAGAAGUUCAACGUGCACGGUCUGAACUCAGAGCAGAUGUUGAGGAAAGACCUGAAGUCUGUGUCUGGACCUGAUCUGAGCCUCGGCAUCAGCGUCAUCUACCUCCCACUACAGGACUUCCUGGGCAUGGCCGGUGUGGCGGCAGAGCUCUCGUCCUUCUGUCAGACGAUGGGUUUUGAUUUGCUGCUGCUCAUGUCAAUCUCCUUCACUGCUUCUCAACAACCAAUCAGAGAACUAGGGGUGUUCAGCCUGAGUCAGCCAAUCAGAGAGCAGGUUAGUGCUCACCUGGUACAAGCCGAAAGCCCCGCCCUCCUCCUGCAGCCAAUCAGCUGCGAGCAUCCACAUGUCACCGCCUUCCACCAAGGAAAUGCAACUGCCUCCAGGAAGAAAGUGCUGCCAAUCCUGAAGGACUGCCUGUUCAGUGAUGACAUCACUUCCUGCGUAAAACGGAGGGACUUCCUGUCGAGUGAUGACCUCAUGGUCCCGCCCACUCCUGUCAACAGCCUCGUGGAAGGAAGUCCCCUCGACCAAGGACUGAGCCCGACCGAGCUGACGACCCGACUGCUGACCCGCUGA